UACACUGGAGGCGGUGACGUCAAGCUACUUGCAGUUUAUUACCCGGGACCGGGGGCAGGAGUCAGUAUAUGUGGGGCACGCUUUCUCCACUCCAUUCGAGGUUGCCAGCUCCUCACACACCAACUUGAGAGCCGCAGUCAUACUACCCCCAGGGAUCGCUUUCUCCCGAGACGUCCACAGUUAAUAUUAGCCUCAAGGAUCGGCGAUGGUUCUUCUGUCACUAUGGCUGGUAACUGGGGUACUCGUGUGGACUUUAACUGCAGCGGUGCGUGCUGAAUCCCAAGUUACUAAGAGCAGAGAGAUUUUACAGAGGUUUGGUGCUCUGGGUCAGGACUAUGGGCUAGUGACUCCACUCAGAACAGACUCCCAGGGCCACUUUGUGUCUCACCUGGUGUCAGGCCCUGUAGCUCGGAGGAAAAGGCAAAGUGGUCCUGAGUCCUGGUCUGCAUCUUCUGGGAAAGCUCAAGUCAAGCCCCACCCUCUCUUCUUCAAUGUCACAGUGUUUGGUUUGAACUGGCAGUUGAGACUGGAGCCCAGCCGCCGGUUGCUGGCCCCAGGAGCUGUGGUGGAGUGGCAGGAAGAUGGACAGAACCGUAUAGAGACACUGGAUGGGAACUGUAUCUACAAUGGGGGCAUCAGCCAUGUCUCUGGAGCCACCGUGGCCAUUAGCAACUGUGAUGGACUGGCUGGCAUGAUCCGAACAGAUCAAGGGGAAUAUUUUAUCGAGCCACUUGAAAAGGGAAAGCAAGCAGAGGAAGAGGAGAAAGGUCGAGUUCACGUGGUGUACCGCAGGUCAGCUUUCCAGCGCUCGCAUCCUGAAAUCGCUGAUGACUUUCAUCCAGCAGAAUCGAAGUUUGAUGGGGUUGGUAAUCUGGAUCAUAUGUAUCACAAGAUUGGCAAGCGACUGGAUGAAAAUUUGAGGCAACGGAGACAUGCAAAAGAAAAUGAUUACAACAUUGAGGUGCUUCUGGGAGUGGACGACUCCGUGGUGCGGUUCCACGGAAAAGAACACGUUCAGAACUACCUGCUGACCCUAAUGAAUAUAGUUAAUGAGAUUUACCACGAUAAAUCACUGGGAGUCCAUGUGAACGUUGUGCUGGUGCGAAUGAUCAUGCUAGGAUAUGCAAAGUCCAUCAGCUUGAUUGAAAGAGGAAAUCCAUCUCGAAGUCUGGAGAAUGUUUGCCGUUGGGCCUCCUCUCAACAAAGAUCAGACCUAAACCACUCAGAGCACCACGAUCAUGCAAUCUUUUUAACAAGGCAAGAUUUUGGCCCAGCGGGUAUGCAAGGAUAUGCUCCAGUGACUGGAAUGUGUCACCCAGUUCGUAGCUGUACUUUAAACCAUGAAGAUGGGUUCUCUUCGGCAUUUGUUGUAGCACACGAGACUGGUCAUGUCUUGGGAAUGGAGCAUGAUGGUCAGGGGAAUCGGUGUGGUGAUGAAACCAGUAUGGGGAGUGUGAUGGCACCCUUGGUCCAAGCUGCAUUUCAUCGGUUUCAUUGGUCUCGGUGUAGUGGGCAAGAGCUGAAGCGAUAUCUUCACUCCUAUGACUGCCUCCUGGAUGACCCAUUUGAACAUGAUUGGCCCAAAAUUCCAGAAUUGCCGGGGAUAAACUACUCAAUGGAUGAACAGUGCCGAUUUGAUUUUGGAGUAGGCUACAAAAUGUGUACAGCGUUUCGCACCUUUGAUCCGUGUAAGCAGCUGUGGUGCAGCCACCCUGAAAAUCCGUUCUUCUGCAAGACGAAGAAAGGACCUCCCUUGGAUGGAACAGAGUGUGCACCUGGAAAGUGGUGCUACCAGGGUCACUGUUUGUGGAAGACCUCGGAGCAGUUAAAGCAGGAUGGUAACUGGGGAUCGUGGAGCAAACUCGGGUCCUGUUCUCGCACCUGUGGAUCGGGCGUCCGAUUUCGAACUCGCCAAUGCAAUAACCCAGCGCCUGCCAAUGGUGGUCAGGAUUGUCCUGGUCUAAACUAUGAGUAUCAAUUGUGUAACAAAGAAGAUUGUCCACGUUAUGAAGACUUCCGAGCACAACAAUGUCAACAAAGGAACUCAUACUAUGAAUAUCAGAAUACCAAACACCACUGGCUUCCAUAUGAACAUCCUGACUCAAUAAAGAAAUGCCAUCUAUAUUGUCAAUCCAAAGAAAUGGGAGGAAUUGUCUACAUGAAACAGUUGGUUCAUGAUGGUACCCGCUGUUCCUAUAAAGAUUCCUAUAGCAUCUGUGUUAGAGGGGAAUGUGUGAAAGUGGGAUGUGACAAAGAAAUCGGUUCAAACAAAGUGGAUGACAAGUGUGGAGUAUGUGGUGGGGACAACUCACACUGCAGAACAGUGAAAGGAACAUUCACCCGAACACCAAAAAAACUAGGGCGAACCAGAGGAGCAUUCAUUUUACCCAAGGGGGCUAGAAACCUUGAUAUCUCUGAAUCAAGGCACUCGGGGGAUUUUUUUGGCUACUUAAAGAUAUUUGAUAUCCCAGCUGGUUCUAGACAUGUGUUCAUCCAAGAAGAUGAGGUAUCUCCUCACAUUCUUGCUCUCAAGAACCAGGCUACAGGCCACUACAUUCUAAAUGGUAAAGGUGAAAAAGCCAAGAUGAAAGUUUUUAUUGAGCUUGGUAUAGAAUGGAGAUACACCUUGGAGAACGAUAUGGAAACUCUCCGUACAGAUGGCCCUUUGCACGAUGCUGUUGUGGUCUUGAUUAUCCCUCGGAAUAAUAGCACCAAAUCUAGUCUCACCUAUAACUAUAUUAUCCAUGAGGACUCCUUACCAACGAUCAGCAACAACAAUGUGCUUCAGGAAGACAUUGAUACAUUUGAGUGGGCUUUGAAGAGUUGGUCCCAGUGUUCCAAGCCUUGUGGUGGAGGUUUUCAAUAUACAAAAUAUGGAUGCCGCAGGAAAGCUGAUAAUAAAAUGGUUCACCGCAGCCACUGUUCUGCAGACAAAAAGCCAAAGCCAAUCCGCAGAAUGUGUAACCUACAGCAAUGUAAGCUGCCUAUGUGGAGAGCAGAGGAAUGGGAACACUGCACUAAGUCCUGCGGCAGUUCUGGUUACCAGAUCCGCACUGUCCGCUGCAUGCAGCUGAUGGUUGAUGGAAGGAACCGCUCAGUCCACAGCAAAUACUGCAUUGGUGAACGGCCAGAGACGCGUCGUGCCUGCAAUCGGAAGCCCUGCCCUGCACAAUGGAAGAUAGGCCCUUGGUCAGAGUGUUCUGUCACAUGUGGUGAAGGAAUUGAGCAAAGACAAGUCUCAUGUCGUCCAAGUAAUCUGUGUGAUGGGGAGAAGCCAGAAGUGAUGAAGGUCUGCAGCCGCCCUCCAUGUGUUGAUGAGCCCUGCCUUAAAGACAAGUCCAUAUUCUGCCAAAUGGAAGUGCUUGCUCGGUAUUGCUCCAUCCCAGGCUACAAUAAACUCUGUUGUGAAUCCUGUAGCAGGCGCAGCAGUACCCUGCCUCCCCCUUUCUUCACUGGCACUGCGGAAUUAGAGGACCUCAUGGCUGAUGCAGACCGCAGAGCCAAUGUAGAGAUGGCACCAACACAACAAAUGGAUACCACGCUCAGGAGCAGAGUUCCACACAGCAGCAAGCCAGUCAGAGCAAGGAACUCACAGCCCAGUGCAAUAAACACAGCUCGUGGCAAAACAAAAGCUGCUGUUUUCUCUCGAACAAGUCCUGCUUCUGUUGACAGCAGGCCUUCCAGAUUUGUAGCUUCUCAGCAUUCACUCCAAAGCAAACCUCGCAAUUCUACUAACAGCUCCAUGGCUACCCAAGCAUCAUACAGUGGAGCACUGACUACGGACAGCCAUACUACAUUACAGACUCCUGUGGUAAAUACAUGAAGGAUGCUUCCUUCGUGCAUCAGACAUUCCUGGGCGAAAGUGAAAUACCAUUGUUCAAAUUGUACAUAUCAUGACACAUAAAUAAUUAAAAAAGGAUUUUGGGCAACUUCAGUGAAUUUAAACUGACAGGUUUUUUAUUCUCCUUUUGAUGGAAUGUGAAGUGCUGGCACUUUAAUCUUUUCAACCAUUUGAGCAGCCUUCAAUUUAUUUAGGAUAACAAAGGUACGAAAGGUCUUUCAAAUGUGAAGGGAACUACCAGGUCUGACAGUUGUUAUCUUUGCAAAUAAUUAUGAAAUCAUGUUGCAUUUCAGCUGAUGUUUAAAAAAUGAAAGCCAAGCAUUCAAAGAAAUGAUAUCAUUAAGUUUUUGGAGAUGCCUUUAUAUGAAAAUGUUCUGUAGUCUGGUCAGCCACAUUUGUCAGUGGAAUGGAUAUAAUUUUAGUUAUUUUCAGCUGCUCUGUAAAUAAUGUACUGUAUUUGCAAAAGUUAACAUUAGGGUUUAGGGCAAAAUUAGUUUGCCCUAUUCAGUGUUUACCAAUGUUACAUAACUGUCUAAAUACUGGUGUAUUCUUGAUAUUCAAAACUGUCCAAGUACAGUCAGGAAUAAAGAGUGAAAUAAAUAGGUAAGAAUUAUUGCUGGACCCAUUACCAGGUUAACUUAAUACAUGUAUUUACUAGCACUCACGGACGAACAUCUGUUAUACAAAACUACAAAGAACUAAGCUGGGUAUAUAAAACCCACUGGAAAUAAGUGGAGAAGGCUUUUAUUCCAAUCUGAAUGGCCGCCUAUAUGCCAUUCCUUCAAUAUGCUGUGCCUUCCCGGAGUAUUCUGUUCUUGUUACACACUUCAUGAGUAAGAUUCAAAUACAUUAAUCAAACAUCCUUGUUAGGAAUUUUGAACAUACAAUACAUUGUUCUUCAUUUCUGGGCUUAAUCUGUUUCACUACCUACUUCCUAUCAUCUGAACUGGCCCAUUUGCUGAUAGCAGCAGUGACUAUAUUUGCAAAACAAAGUAUUCUGAUCCAUUCCGUCAUACACUAGUGUGUGUUUAUGCUUGAGAAAUUCGGCCAUUUGACUAAAAUAUUCUUACAUGUGUGUUGCCAGAAGCAGCAACUGCACCAGCUGAUACCUCCUCCCUCCAUUAAAAACCAACAAGGUCCCUCACUACCAACCCCUAGUCCUAAUCGAUUUGCACAGGAUAUAAUUAAAAAUCCAAUGCAAAUAUAGUGAUUUAAUCUCACAGAAAAAAAAUGAUGUCAGUGUGACUUAUGUAGUAAAAUUUGGACAUUCCAAUUGACCAACUGACAAGCAUUGAUCAAACUUUAAAAAUGGUGUGUAGCUAAUAUUUUUUUGUAGAAUGCAGCACAGAAUCUGCCCUUCCAAACCUUCGAAGCAUGCAGCCAGCAACCCACUGAUUUAACCCUAGCCUAAUCACAGGACAAUUUAUGAUGACCAAUUAACCUACUGACCAGUACAUCUUUGGACUGUGGGAGGAAACCGGAGCACCCGGAGGAAAUCCACACAUUAUAUGGGGAGGAUGUACGAACCUCUUACAGAGAAUGCUGUGAUUGAACUCCGAACUCUGACUCCAAGCUGUCAUAGCAUCACACGAACUGCUACAGUACCGUGGUGCCCAUAAUGGGGAAAGAGAGAAUGGCUGAACCAUUUUGAAAUUGGGUCUAGUAUUUCAUUUCAUAAUCAAAAUGGUAUAGUUAAGAUGUAACUGGAGGCACAUAGUGGAAGACCAUGAAACAAAAUACAUUUAUUGCAAAGUCGAUAUUAUUACAACACUACAUCAAAACUCUAAUGAGAAUGACAGUAAACACAGUGGUUCCUAAACACCUCCAUUGGACUACAUGUUCUUUCUCCAGGGUUACCUGGGCACUGUCAUACUGCCCCCCCCCCCCCAGAAAAUUGCCAGGCAGUCAACCUGAAAUGAGCCCUUCACUAACACAGGAGAUUCUGCAGAUACUGGAAACCUAGAGCAACGCACACAAAAUGCUGGAAGGACUCAGCAGGUCAGGCAGCAUCUAUGAGAAGUUGACAUUUUGAAUGGAGAUGAAGGGUCUCAGUUCCUGAGUUCCUCCAGCAUUUCGUGUGUGGAGCCCUUAACUGCUUACUACCAGGAACCCCUUGCUAGUAAAUCAGAUAUUUCAGUCAACCUAAUGCCUUUGAAGAAUCGCUGCUGUCAAUCUGCAAGGCUAUUGAAGAUGAAUGAAAUUAGUGCUUUAUAAAAUGACAACUCCUGGGCCCUCAGACACUUGCAUAGAAUGUAAGAAUAUCCUUCAAGCCAUAAAGGGAACUAAAAUGAAUUAAUUGUUCAAUUUUGCUUUCUUUUGUACAAUAAUGUAGAUUUCUGUUUUACUCUAGUGUACACUACUGAUGUUGUUUGUAAUAUUGGAGAGCACAUAGCAAUAAAUAUAAGCUCUGAGUUUAAA